AUGUCCUACAUCACCACCGUUACCGAAAGAGCGCACUCCUUCGUCGCUCAAACCCCCGCCCUCGCCGACCGCAGCCGCCUCCUGCUCGCAGCACUCCCGGCAGGACUCAUCGCUCUCUUGCUCCCCGCAGCGUAUCGCGACUAUCAGUCAUGGCUCCUUCUUGGCCCGGGCGGACCACCGUAUAAUGUGUUCGGCUGGCUGCUCGUGAAACUACUCUUCGACCCGCUGCGCAGAGAACCCUUCGGGACAAUGCUGUACGAUUGCAAGGUCGAGUCUGGCGAGCAGGCUUCGUUUCUAUCCAACCUGCCGCAUAGAAAAGGUCAACGGCCGGCCAUGGGAGAAUUCACUGUGCCCCAGCGACAGGUGAACCAGCGGCCGAGUCCUGAAGUUAGAGAUAAAUUAAUGGCCGCGUAUGGUGCAUUCUUGGAGCGGAAUGCACACAUCGUGGACCGUGUCCCCUCUAUUCUAGAGCGCCAUACUGACGCCGCCCAUGUCUGCGGCCAUGUGCCCUUAACGUCCGUCGCAAGGCAGAUGAAGCGAGAGAUUUGCCAUGUCCAUGGGACGAGCGAUUAUUCGCUGCAUGUCACCUUGGCACCGGCUGACUGCAAACGCGUCAUCGAGUCUGGCUGGGGCCAGCGAUUCCCGCUCGCUGGAUCGAGUGUGUUCAGGAAUGUCACCUUUGGGCGGGUUUCUACGAUUCCAACGGAGUAUGUCUUGAUCUAUGCGCCGAGGGACGAGGAGGAAAUUGAGGUUGUUAUUGGGAUUCUCAAGGCGGGGGUGCAGUAUUUUACUGGCUUGGGCGAUGUCAAAUGA